AUUAUUUCUAAAAACACCAUUAACCUUCAAAAUCCUACAAUAUUUAAAAUAAUCAUCUAUUCUCUUCCCAAGAAUUUGAAGGGCUAAAAAUGGCAGGUUUAAAGUUCAAUUUGGUGGUAAUUAUGGCGCUCAUGCUUGCAUCUGUGCAAUUUCACGGUACGACAGCUCAAACUACCCAUGUGGUCGGCGACGCCUUGGGUUGGAAUAUUCCUCCCAACGGACCUUCUGCUUACACCACCUGGGCAUCAGGUCAGACCUUCAGUGUCGGCGAUGUUCUUCUCUUUAACUUCACCACCGGAUUCCAUAACGUCGCUGAAGUAUCGCAGGCGGCGUAUGGCCCAUGCACCACCACCAACCCCAUCUCCAUCGCCACCAACGGCCCCGCUAGAGUCACCUUGAACGCACCUGGCACUCACUAUUACAUCUGCACCGUUGGUACUCAUUGCCAAAUUGGUCAGAAGUUAACCAUCAAUGUCUCCGCUGUGUCUACCACCCCUGCUCCAACACCGGCACCCGCUACUCCUGCACCGGUCUCUCCACCGACCGCUACCCCUGCUCCAUCCACUACAACCUCACCACCAACCUCCUCCCCUACCCCUUCCUCCGAGGAAGGUAGCCCAAUAUCACCACCCACCUCCGGCCAAUCUCCCUCAGGGAGUAACGCCCCUUCUCCCACCGAUAACAACAUUAUACCACCACCAUCACCCAGUUUUGCUCCAUCUUUCACCGCCGUGGUGCCCUUCACUUUCUUGGCAAUCGCUUUAGCUUUGUUUUACUAGAUCAGGUGGUUAAUGGUUACGUGAGAAGGUGAUAUUAUGUAAUUCAUUUUUGUUUAUUAUUCUUUUUCCUAUGCGUUGUUGUACUUAUUUAAUAGAGAUUGAUAUUGCUUAACUUAUACUGUUUUUUAUGAAAAUUAUGAUAUAUUUUACUGGGAGUUUGACCA